UUGGAGCUGCCGAAUUUAUUAUCAGCGAUUGGACUGGGUGUAUUUGUGUGAAUAAUAACUGCAUUUGUUUUUGCAUUUAUUCCGUGUUUUUUUCGUUUACGUUGGUAUUUAUCUGUCACAGACGAGUUGCUAAUGCUUUUGCAUUGAGGUUAGCUACGCGUUGUUUCCCCACUGUGUCUACAGUGAGAUCCGAGCUACGAUGGUAGAGCAGUCGGACCGCGCUCCGCUGCUCGACUGGGAAGAGGUUCCCCCAGCAGGACCGACCGCUGCAUUUCCGUCGCCAGAAAAGGAGAAUGCUUCAGAACCAAGCCCCGCAAACACCCGGGCACUGGGAAGCACGGCUCCUGGGACGGGAUGGAGCACGAGUCCAGGAGGUGCGGCGACGGUAGCAGCUGUUGUCAGUGGGGACACAAGUUUCACCGGUGCUGUUGUCCACACAGGGCCAGGAUGGGAUACACAAAAUCCCAAGGGAGACCUUGGGUUUCACGGCUGGGAAGGAGUCUCUGCGAAAGAUCACAGGGCGGCGGAAUGGGAGGAAAAGGACCAAAUUGUUGCUGUUUUCGUGGUGACAUUUGAUACACGAUCGGGUAACAUGGUGGAGUGGUGUCUGCCUCAGGAUAUUAAUCUGGAUGGGGUGGAGUUCAAGUCCAUGGCCAGCGGCUCUCACCGAAUCACCAGCGACUUCAUAUAUUUCCGUAAAGGCUGCUACUUUGGGCUAGCGUGUUUUGCCAACAUGCCUGUAGAGAGUGAGCUGGAGAGAGGGGCGCGCAUGAAGUCAGUGGGCAUCCUGUCUCCUUCCUACACCCUGCUGUACCGAUACAUGCACUUCCUGGAGAACCAGGUCAGGCACCAGCUGCAGUGUCCAGGGCAGUACUCGCCCCUGGAGGCCUUCUAUGAGGACAAGAAGGCCCUGCUGCCCCCCGCGGGGAACGGCCUGAUCACCGUCUGCCCCACAAGUGCCUGGGGUGCCACGCUGAAUCGCUGCAUGCACCCAGAGAUGAAGAUCACCCAUCCGGCCGGCUGCAUGUCCCAGUUCAUCCGGUUCUUUGGGGAGCAGAUCAUGGUCCUCUGGAAGUUCGCCCUGCUGCGGAGACGCAUCCUGAUCUUCUCCCCUCCCCCCAUCGGAGUGGUCUGCUACAGGGUAUACUGCUGCUGUUGCCUAGCCAAUGUGUCUCUGCCUGGGGUUGGAGUGGCAGUGCCAGAGUUCCGGCCCUUCUUCUACAUCAACGUGGCGGACAUUACCACCCUGGAAACAGAACUGUCUUAUGUGGCCUGCACCACAGAGAAGAUCUUUGAGGAGAAGAAAGGGCUGUACGAUGUCUAUGUGGAUAACCAGAACGUGAGGACGCACAGAGAGAGCCUGCAGCCGAUGCUUCGCCUCAACAGCGCCGACCGGGAGAAGUACAGGAAACUCAGCGAGCAGAGGCAGAUGCUCCUCUACUCUCAGGAGGUGGAUGGAGACUGCACGUCCAGUGAGGAGGACCUCUUUAUCCUGUUUUUCAUGGAGCAGAACAACCGCAUCUUCCAGAUCCUGUCGGAGGUGGCGGGGAGUGCGGACCCCACCCUGACCACAGAGCACGUGAGGGCCAUGGGGCUGGACCCCCAGGGGGACCGAGGCUUCCUGGUGGACCUGCUGGAGCUCUACGGCAUCGACGCCAUGCUGGUCAUCGACAAUCCCUGCUGCCCUUAAAGACACUCGUCCGCUUCCUGCCCCUAUGGCCUGAGAACACACUGCCCCUUGCCACUGCCCCAGGGCUGGUAGAGUACUCCUCCACCCCAUGCCUGUGUGACCUCUGCCCUGCUGAACAGCCCCGUAGCUGCUCUUUGGAACUGCUCCGGCUCAUUUGUGCUCUGUGGGCCUUGCAUUCCGUCCUGUGUCCAAACCACAUUAUUCCUGAUGUCUCUCAUACAUUUCGGUUGGUCGGUCUGCCUAUCAGUCUUGUCAGUAGGUCCCUCCUUUCUCCUUCAGUGGCAGAAUGUACUUCCAACUGCGGCAUCACAUAAAGGAAUGAAGUGUUGUCCUUGGCUCUCUUCACCUUGCUUCAACUGAAAACUCCAAGACCGUGGAAAAGCAAAGGAAAUGUUGGAUUUUUUUGUACAAGAUUAAUUUGCCUCUUCCACCAUUCCUCUGUAAGGACAGAGUACUGUCUCCAUCUCCAGUUUUUUUUGUUUUUCUGGAGAACUGACUCUGUAAAGAACUAAGUCUGUGGACCGAGUACCAGGACACUUGCCAUCAACCUUUUGGAAGAGGGUCUGGAUUCUCAAAAUGGAGUUGUGUUCAGUCACAUGUUUUGCAGCAGUUACACAUCUUCUAUGGUUCUGUAUUUCAUUUGGGGGAAAAGGGAAGGACAGAAGUCCUCAUUUGUUCUGUGACGGUCUCACAUUUCAUUUUUCUUACAGUAUUUUGCUAGUUGUGCUGCUACUGUAGUUGUGCUGGAGCCUUCGCUGAUAAAACAACCGCAAUGAAUCGAUGAUGUGAAUUACCAGCAGACCCUUCGUUAAUGUGAUCAUUCAUUCAUAGAAAAAUAAUCUUCAAUAUGUAUGUACAGGAAUGUAAUGGAACUAGUCCAUUGAAUCUGGAUCAGUAGCAUACCACACUGUCCAUAUAUCAGGACUGGCUGCAAGUGGACAGCAAGAGUUCAGUAUAGAAUAAGAGAGUCACCUUCAUGGACCUGCCUUUGUUUGGAAAGACUGGAAUGCAGAGGUUCUCAGGUUAUGAGGGUGUAGCAGGCAAUCCAUUUCAAUUCUGAGAAUAGACUUGAACAAUCGCCAGCUCCAUGGUCCACCUCUGUGGAGGCGAGGCUCUGGAUGGAUCUGCUUUACUUGGGAAAUGGACACAUUUACAUGUAGAGUGAGCUUUCUGGUUUGUAAGGAGGGAAAGAGACUACCUUUUUCUCUAAAUAUGUUUUUGUGUGAGGGAGCUGGACCCGUAGAUUCUUUGUGUGGGCCUGUGCACACUUUAAUUGUAAAAAAUUUAUAUUAAUAUUAAUAGUGACAGAUUGAAAGCCUGUGACAGCAUUCCAUGUGAGGGUGGUUGUUGAUGAGAUGAAACCUUACUAAGCCUCUGCUUGUAAUAAGUUUUCUCUUUUUUGAUUGUUGGAUAUUUAUUUAACAGAACGAGGGAAAAUAAAUUCACAAAUGUAUGUAUUUAUCUAACCGUUUACCUUCAUGGAAGAAGGACAUGAUAGAAAAAGUUGGAAUUAAUAUUAAAUCAUUUCAUUUUUUUACUUGAGAAUAUACCCACUACUCUCUCUCAGAUUGUGUGUUGGCCUGUCUGUUUGGGAUCAGCGCUAACUGCUCAGUUGGGUUGAUUCACUUAUUGGUUUUGGAAUAAUGACUUUCAAGUGAGAUACGUUUUUGUAGCACGGCUUCAUUUCAUUGUAGAAAAUGUUAUUUCCGUUAUUGAUUUUUUAUUUUAUUUUAUUCAUUUCAAAAGGAAGUGAUCGUAAUCCAUGAAUGUGAUUCCCUAUUAUCACCUAAUUGAUGAUUGCUCCACUAAUAAAUAUCGAACAUACUGGACUUUUAUUUACAUUUCUGAGCUGGUGAAAAUACUGUUGUAUUGUAUUUCUAUUGCAAAUGGACAGAUGGACGCAACUGGCACUCUCCACCAGGGAAAAGUUGGAGAGUGCCAGUGUGCUUACAGUGUGCUGUGUGUUUGUCCCAGACUUCCUGUCCUACUGCACUUUUUCAUUUUGUUUCAAUGAGCUGGACCAGUUUGUAGAUCAGACGUGAUAAAAAUGGCAACAAACAGUUAUGUGACUUAAUCUCAAAUAUAAUUGCAGUUUGUGUUUUCCUGCAUGCAGAAAGAAAAGCUGUUUCCCUCUGCUCACUGUGACAAAGGCUUUCUUUGUGCACUAAGCACUUGUUCCGGUGAUGUCAGACCCACAGGCGAGAGAGGGGAUUAACCCCCUCCAGUGUAGACAGAACCCAUCUGUUUGUGCUGAGGGUCUCUCCCCCCUCUGCCUGGGGGGGUUCAGACCUGGGAGAGGAGCUCAUGCCAGACCUGGAUGUCAAGUUGGCAAAACUGUAUGUAUUAUGUUCUGUACAUAUGUCAAGAAAUUAUUUUUUCCCCCCCUAUUUAUAAGAUAUCUGUCGAGUGCACCAUUGGCUAUUAAAAACAUUAAAUGAAA